AUGAAACAACCAUUGAUUUGUUCAGGUCACUCGAGACCAGUAUCGGAUUUAGCUUACAGUAACGAAAGUGCAGAUGGAUGUUAUAUAGUAUCGGCAUGUUUAGAUGGUAAACCAAUGCUGAGAGACGGAAACAACGGUGAUUGGAUUGGUACAUUCGAAGGACACAAGGGUGCUGUAUGGUCAUCUAGGUUCAACUCAAACGCAACUCAAGCAUUAACUGCAUCUGCAGAUUACACUGUUAAACUAUGGGAUACACUUAAUGGAGGUGAAUUAUUAUCGUUGGAACAUCAAUCAAUUGUAAAAACAGCAGAUUUCUCAAGAUUUAAUAAUAGAAUUGUUACUGGUGGUGCAGAAAAGAUAUUGAGAAUAUACGAUUUAGAGAAACCAAACGUACCUUUGGCUCAGAUUCCAGGUCACCAAUCAAUGAUCAAAACAGCCAUGUGGAGUGUUUACAACGAUGAUGUCAUUCUGAGUGGUGGUAACGAUGAAGUCAUCAGAAUCAUGGAUUUACGUUCCGGUACUCAGAUGGCACUAUGCGCAAAGGCACCAAUCUCCUCAAUGGAGUUUAGCAAAGAUAAACAAUAUUUGGUUACCACCGCUGGUAAUGAAGUUACUUUUUGGAAUGCUCAAAACUUCCACCCAGUCAAGGUUUAUUCACUGCCGUUCGAAGUUAUAUGUGCAUCUUUACAUCCAGACAAUUCUAGAUUUAUUGCAGGUGGAAGUGAUUUUUGGGUUCACGUUUACGAUUUUAAUACUGGAAAUGAAAUCGAAGUUAACAAAGGUCAUCAUGGUCCUGUAAAUUGUUGUCGUUACUCUCCAGAUGGUGAAUCUUUUGCUUCAGGAUCUGUUGACGGAACAAUCAGAAUUUGGUUAGCAGAGAUUAUCGAUCGGUUUCAAAAAUCAACAACAACUUUUCAUUCUAAACAAAAAUUGGAAAUAGAGAAAUAA